UCCACUCAUAUUCUGCUCAGAAAGAAGAAUGUUACUCACGUUUGACCCAAACAUCAGCAGGGAAUGAGAGUAAAUGGGAGUUUGUCAUGUUUGUUGCUGAAAUGUGGUUAUGUUAUCUAUCAUUAUAUGCGUUAAUUGGUUGUUAGCUGGUAAUUAAACCGCUCUGCCGCCAUGUUAAUUUGUUUGAAGACCUGCAGACGGCAUUUUCUGCUCUGCCGUGGUCUUCAGAGAGGGUUUCAGUCUAUAACAGUAGUAGCCAGAGACAAAUGGGCCGAGCUCCGUUUAAACACAGCCGCUGUGGAUCGAUGCUGCUCCACGGUUCAGGGAGAAGUGAGGGUCAGGUUUGCCCCCAGCCCCACAGGCUUUUUGCAUCUUGGAGGUCUCAGAACUGCUCUCUACAAUUAUAUAUUUGCAAAGAAAUAUGGAGGCACUUUCAUCCUGCGACUAGAGGACACUGACCAGAACAGGCUGGUUCCAGGAGCAGCAGAGUCCAUAGAGGACAUGCUGGAGUGGGCAGGUAUUCCACCAGAUGAGAGUCCUCGUCGAGGAGGUCCCCUGGGUCCAUACCUGCAGUCUCAAAGAUUAGACCUCUACAGUCAGAUAGCCCGGGAACUUGUUGAGAGGGGCCACGGCUACUACUGCUUCUGCAGCACUCAGAGGCUGGACCUGCUAAAGAGAGAGGCUCUACGGGCCGGCCAGACACCAAGGUAUGACAACAGAUGUCGUCACCUGCGAGCGGACCAGGUCCAAGAGAAGCUAGCUCAAGGAGCUCCACAUGUGAUCAGGUUUAGACUAGAAGCCGGUGUCGAACCUUUUCAGGAUCUGAUCUUUGGAUGGAAUCGUCAUGAGGUGGCCCAGGUGGAGGGCGAUCCAGUGGUGAUAAAAGCAGAUGGCUUCCCCACCUACCACCUCGCCAACAUUGUAGACGAUCACUACAUGAACAUCAGCCACGUUCUGCGAGGAUCCGAGUGGCUCAUCUCUACCUCCAAGCAUCUCCUCAUGUACCGGGCGCUCGGAUGGCAGCCGCCCACCUUCGGACAUCUGCCGCUCCUGAUGAAUAGUGACGGCAGUAAGCUGUCUAAGAGGCAGGGGGACAUAUUUAUUGAAAACUUCUGUAGGGAGGGGGUCCUCCCUGAGGCUCUGCUGGAUAUUACAACCAACUGUGGAUCUGGAUUUACCACCAGUCGAAUGGGACGGGUGUUAGCGGAACUGAUAUCCGAGUUUGAUCUUUCAAAGAUCACAACUCACUCUGCUUUGUUAGACCUGGAGAAGCUACCAGAGUUCAACAGAAUCCAUCUGCAGCAGCGAAUUGAAGAUGAGCAGAAGUGUCAUGUGCUCAUAAAAGAUCUGCAGCAGCAAAUCCCGCAGGUUUACGCUGCAGAGAUCCAGGACCAAGAAGUGUUUGUGGACAAUUAUAUUAGACGCGUGCUACAUCUCCGUAAGGGCCACAUAACAUCCAUGAAGGAGCUUGUGAGCCCAACCUACUCCUAUCUCUGGGUGCGUCCUUCCUUCUCCGACCAGCAGGUGGCAUCGCUAACCAAAGAGGCUCCUCAUAUUGCCUCGUUAGUGCUGAGGUUAAUAGAGGAGCAGGGUGAGGAGCUGUCAGUGGACCGCCUCAGUAAAGACUUGAAGAGUUUGACUAAGCAGACCAAAGCUACCAAGCACAGGGAGGUGAUGAAGCUUUUACGUCUGGUUCUCAGCGGCCUGCAGCAAGGUCCCAGUGUUGCUGAGAUGAUGGUAUCUCUGGGCCCUGCAGAGAUCAGACAUCGAUUCCAGAAGCUUCUGCUGCCUCCAGAUACCAGUUAAAUAUGGUGAACAGAUAACCUUUUACUCAACUAACUGUUCUGUAUGUUGAGAAAUACAAACCUUACUUUAAACCUGACACAGUCACAACUUAUAUAUAUUUAAUAUGUCAAUUUAUAAAGAAAAUUUAUGAAAAUUUUUGUUUUUAUUUUUGUUUGUUUUUUUAAAGAACAGAAGCAUUUGACUUCAUGCACACCUGGAUGGGAAGUACCUUGGUGUUUUUAUGCAAAUGUUUUAUUUCAGAAAAAUAACUAACAAUUUUCAGCUGACAUAUUUAUGCUCCACUAUUUUGAGAUGGAAAAAACAGUUACAGUUUUUAAUAUGACUAUACAAUGUAGGAAUAAUGACAAAUAAAGACUUUUUUUGUAGCCAUUUUCUAACUUAUGAAGAUUAUGGCUCUUCAGCGUUCCUUUAA